CAGGGCGGGGGUACGAGCGAAUAGUUGAUCAUGCUAGAUGACAGGGGGCGCUUGUUAAGUCGAACGGAACUUUGCAAUUCACAUGCGUCCGAAGUCUUUUUUUGUCGGAAAGAUGUUCCAAUCAUAAAUGUAUUUAGGCCAUGUGGCAUUCGGCAAUUGCAACAAUAAUGUUGCCGCCGCUUUAAAUUUUGAUAGGAUGAUCCUCUGCCAUUUUUACAUCCAUGAAAAAUCAAACUGUAGCCUACAUAUCUAGGGGCGAUGAAGAUAAUAUUGCCAUUGACGUCAUGAUGAGUCAGUGAAACAACACAUAUAAUUACAGCGCGGGCGGACGGGACAACGCAUACACCGCGUACAGAAGACUUACUCAACAGACACUUAGUACAAACGUGUUUCUCAUGAAACAAAAAUUAGGCUGAAACAUUCAUAUGUGAUUUUCUUGGUUGCAAGUGGCCGAAUUUAUACUACACGGCAGUUUGUUUCUGGGGAAUCCGUUCGCUGUUACUAAUCUACAGAGACAUGGGCCAUGAUCGUAACUGCUUCAAAACUUCCUUCGUAUCAUUCAUAAGUUGCUUAUGGCUGAUUGUCUCCUUCGAUGCGCAUUCAGUUUUUGCUCAAGCCACUGCUCCCAUGCCGAAGCAACUACCGAGUGUGUUUACUACCGGGCAAACUCUUAACAGACUGCGGAAUAUCUUAUGCAAGAGUUGCAGCCAUCAAGGGCGCAAUCGACAGUGUCGAGAAUAUGGACAGCAAGACGUGUGUUACUUGCUAUGCGGAUGUGGCAAUUAUGGCAAAUGUCUAGCUGAAGGGUCCUGCACAUGCCCCCUGAUCCCCGAGGAAGGUUGUCCACUGAGUCAAACUCUGUGCCUGUUCGACGAUGCUUCAAUAUGCUCAACCGAAAACGAUAUAUGUCUGUACUAUGAUGAGAGGAAAAUUCGCUGUGAAUGCCGAGAUGGGUGGAUCGGUGAGAACUGUCAAACAUGCAGUGACGAAUCGACAAGCUGCAAGUUGGAUGAAGAGUCCUUGGACCCUCCAGUUUCUGGAUCCGAGCUGACCAUCAAGGUGCUUGUUAUAGCUUGUGCUGGCUGUCUGAUCCUGGGGAUCAUAAUCGGUGUCUUCUGCAUGUGUCGAACAGGAAAACUUGUGUGUAUUACAACAUCAAGCAGGGUUGAAAAUCGAGUGGAAAAUUUUAGGAAAGACGAAACUCAAGAACGGAAUCUGAAUCGGCCAGUUACAAGGCAACACUCGGAUCAUGCUUAUUGUCAUGUCAUCCAGUACGCUGUUCCCGAAACGCCUACCAGUCAACCAAUUUCAGAGACAUCACAAGAUGCGGGAUACGCAGAACUUAAUAUCACUCGGCACAGAAAGUCGGAGGGCAUCUACUACUUCAAACUAGAGUCACCCUCUUCCGGUGCCACUUACGAAAGUGUUAAGAAAAGUAGUUCGGCUGUUACCCCAUUUCACAAUGUCAAGGACGACGCAUCAUCGAUUGACGUCAUGAACAAAGAACUGGACAAAAAGUCCGGAAACAGGGAAUUUAAAGGUAAUCCAUGGUCUUCUGACGAAUACGAUCAUCUACAGCGACAAGUGGAUGUUAAUAUUAGCGAGACUUCCAAGAACUACAGUCACCUAGCGCUUCAGGAGUUCCUCUAAACUGCUCGACUCUGUCAAAAAGAAAAUUGUUUCUUGUCUCGCUCAAAUAUAAAUAAUUGCCUUUAUUUUUUUUUAUCCUGUAGCUUGGUCGUGAUUUAUAUAGUAAAACUUCGUUUUUGGUGUCCAGUCUCUAUCAAUUAUUUUAUCUAUAAUUUGUGUAGACAAUCACACGGUCAUGGGUCAGUACACUAAAAAA